AUGGAAACACCCGUUGGCAACGAGGCCGGACCUCCAACCACAGAUCAAGACGUAACUCCAGCCUUCCUGGCGCAGAGCCUUCAACCAAACAUCUAUGCAGCGUGCAUCGUUGUCACUCUAGCCGCGACGAGUGCAGUUGCGCUUCGCUUACUAUGUAGGCGACUCGCUAAGGCGUACCUGUGGUGGGAUGAUUGGAUGAUUGUUGCAGCAUUGAUCGUUGAGUGGGGUCUGUCCGCCUUGCUUUUAUACCAAACUGCCGCCCUGAACUUCGGGAGACGCGAGGAAGUACUGAAGCCAUGGCAAUCCACCUCUUUUGCAAAGAGCUUAAUUGCCACUCAAACCAUUUACUUUUGCGCGCAAGCGCUCGUGAAAGUCUCGAUUCUGCUAUUGUACCACCGCCUCUUCGGAGUCGUCGAAUGGUUCCGAAUCGCACUUUGUGUGGCUGGUGCGUUGACCAUCAUGUGGUGGAUCGCUGCAAUCCUGGACUCGAUAUUCCAAUGUGUACCCGUACAAGCCAUCUGGGACAAAAGCAUAAGGGAUCCCAAAUGCCAGGAUGUUAGAGCCUCUGCGCUGGGCACCGGGAUCUCGAACAUGAUCCUCGAUAUCAUGUUCUUGAUCAUUCCGCUUCCAAUGAUAUGGAAGCUUCAAGUCACCAGAAAGAUCAAGAUUUCUUUGACGGGUAUCUUCCUUCUUGGAGCUUUUGUCUGCGCCACCUCCGCUGUCCGCAUACACGCAAUACUCAAGACAGACUGGACCUUGACAGAUCAAAGUUGGACUGGCUUCGGCUUAGGGGUCUGGAGCACGGUAGAGUCAUGCUGUUCGGUCAUAGCAGCUUGCCUACCAACGAUGAGGCCUGUUCUUACCCACGUCCAAGCUCAUACGUCACAUGCGAAAAGUACGAGCACCAAGUCAUUAAGGACCCUCAACUUCGUUAGCAACGGCAGCAAAGGGGGUCCUCUUUCCCCAAUUUGGAGCCCACCUUCGCCGUCAUCUCCAAGGAAAGCUCCAUAUCAGAGUCUGGACGAGUACUUGCCUGAUCUGGAGAACGGAGAUAGCUCAUUCGGGAUGAAGAAAUCGCCUCGGACACGGCAGAACGCGAGGUUCGAUUCACAUGCGACGUACGCAAAUCCUUCACCGGGCUUUGGACAAGACCGGCCAUUUCAUUCGACACUGAGGUCGGCAGAGUUCGGGAAAGAAAACCCUCCAUUGUCUUUGCUGGAGCCCAGAUACGUUGGGCCAGCGAGAUUUGGACGCGGUGGUGCGUGUCUGCAUGAGCAUGACGGUGUUUAG